GGUCAUUGCUAAGAGCUACGUGACACACAGCGGAAGCUAAAGCUAAAACUAACCCUAUUCUGAUAAAAGCUCGGGACAAAUCGGGACAGGAACAGUCUCAGGCCUCACCAUACUCAAUGAGCGGACAGCGCAAUGUCAGAGCGCUCUGGGCAAACUGCAAAGGGGAAGGAAGGCAAAACCAAGUAUGCGUCCCUCAACCUGUUUGAUACGUACAAAGGAAAGAGCCUCGAAACACAAAAGCCUGUUGUUACCCCCCGCCAUGGCCUGCAGUCUCUUGGUAAAGUUGCCUCCGCGCGGCGUAUGCCCCCUCCUGCCAACCUGCCCAGUCUGAAGGCAGAAAACAAAGGCAACGACCCAAACGUCUCGCUCGUCCCCAAAGACGGCACAGGAUGGGCAAGCAAACCGGAACAAGCAGACCCAAAGAGUACCGAUGCAUUGUCAUCAGCGCAGCCGGAGCCGCAGCCGCCUGCGGCUUCACCGAUGCCUGCUCCGACCCAACCGAGAACUCCCCCGGUCCCAGAGGUGCCAGCAGACAAGGCUAUGGCCCCGGCUCCAGUCCAGGCCGCAGGGGCAAGAUCCUGGGCUCAGGCCAGUGUUACACAUGGAACACCAGGGGACGGUGGAAAGGCAUCAAACCUACCGUCGCCGUUCUCUCGAGAGGAGUUUCCCACCCUGCAGGCGGCUGGAGACCCGGACAAAGCUGGCAAAGAACAGGCCACUGCAGAUCAGUGGUAUGGGCCCGGACCAAGCCUCCGCCCCCAAAACGUUACAAGUUGGCGGGACGGUGGGGGCCGGGCUCUGACCCUCACUGGGGAGGGGGCCGUGGAGGGGGGCUCUGGGGGGGCUCUGGUCAUGGAUGGGGCAGCGGGGGUCCCGCCUCAGAACCAGACCCAUGGACCUCAGAGAAACCCUCCAGCUGGUAGUCCCGCCAUGGCCCUGCCCCAGCCCCCUGUGGGACCGGGCUUCCCCGCAUACAGAGGAAUCAUGCCUCCAUUCAUGUAUCCUCCUUAUUUGCCCUUCCCGGGCCCCUAUGGUCCUCAGGGGCCAUAUAGAUACCCGCCUCCAGGUGAAGGGCCUGCUCCCAGGUUUGCUCGAGGGCAGGGUACGGACAGGUCUCAGGGCCCCCGCGACACAGAGGCAGUGAAGCGGCCCUCCAUCCUCAAACAGGACGACCUGAAGGAGCUGGAUGAGCUGGACCAUGACAAUGACGAGGGCUGGGCAGGAGCACAUGAGGAGAUAGAUUACUCUGCUAAACUGAAGUUCAGUGACGAUGAAGGAGAGGAAGAGGUUGAGGAGGACAGAGCUGACAAAAAGAAUGACACUCAUGAGCAGAGGUCCCAAGACACCCCUCCAGCCGUGAGUCGCUCGCGAGCCCUGGAGAACAGUGACCUGCGACACACUCCUCCUACUAACGCCGACAACGGCCCCCUGCCCCCCUCCAGUAAAGCCGCCUGGCCCGAGGAGGGGGGCAGCGGCUGGGGUGGUCCGGGAGCUCCACCAAACUACCAGGGGCGCAGGCCUGGACUGGGUGGUCCCCGAGAGCAGCCCUCCCCUCCACCAGGGGCGCUCCUCGCACAGGGACCCUACUCCUUUUACCGACAGGACCGGUCCCUGAAUCAGGGAGGUGUUCUGGUCCCAGGUAAAUCGGGUCCGCCUCCGCACCCCCCUGCAGCUGGAGGCCCACCUUCACAGGCCCUCCUGGUCCAUGGGCCACAGGGUGACGAUGAGGAUGAGACCUGGCGUCAGCGCAGGAAGCAGUCGUCCUCUGAGAUCUCUGCUGCAGUGGAACGAGCCCGCCGCCGCCGUGAAGAAGAGGAGCGGCGCAUGGAGGAAGAGCGCAGAGCUGCCUGUGCAGAGAAACUGAAACGACUCGACGAAAAGCAGCAGCAGGGUCCCAGUGGUAGUAAGACCCCCAGCCUCGACGGGACAUCCACCGUGGCCACAGCCGGCAGUCCCAGCCCCUCACUGUCCGCCUCAUCUCCCAACACCAGCCAGCCCCCCUCCCCUUGUGUGGAUCCUGAGGAGCCCCCCCUGCCUCCGGCCGCGGGACAGGGCCCUCUGGUCAUUGACAGGCAGAGGGCCAGUAGCAACAGCAGCUAUGACUCUGGGGCAGAUGUGCAGCAGUGUCCUCCUGCACCAGUGACGCAGCCUCAGCAGCCCGUCCUGGAGAUGCCUCUACCAGAGGCUAAAGAGGAGCCGAUCAGAGACGCUCAUGUCCGAGGAGGUGAACGCGACCAAGUAAAGAUGGAGGUCAUGGGAGGAGGUCGACAGUCUGGACCCCCAGGACAGGGCUACUCCAAAUACCAGAAAUCUCUGCCUCCGCGCUUCCAGAGGCAGCAGCAGGAGCAGCUCCUGAAGCAGCAGCAGCAGCAGUGGCAGGCAUCUCAGAGCCAACUGUCCCCUCAGCCCCAGGGCCCCGCCCCUCAGCAUGGACCGGGCCCAAAGCAGGGGCCCAUGUACCAGCCUGGGAACAUGGUCCGCCCCCCUCCUCUGCCCAUGAACUUUGACCCUCGCUGGAUGAUGAUGCCCUACAUGGACCCCAGAAUGAUGCAGGGCCGCCCGCCUCCCAUGGACUACUACUCUGCGGGCAUGCACCCCUCUGGCCUAAUUGGACGUGAGCGGUCUGAUUCGGGGGGCUCUGGCUCAGAUCCCUUUGACAGGCAGCAGCAUCAGGGGCAUCCUCAUCGUGGCACCCCUCCCAUGGACCCAAAACUGGCCUGGGGUCCAGAGGUGUUCGCAGGAACAGCAGAAGGCCGUGGCCUCACAUCUCCUCUGAGGCAGAAACAACCACUGGAGGAGGAAGAUGUGACCAAGGGACCCAGGAGUGACACUCCCCCACAUCGCAUGCGUGAGGUCGGUUUGGGCCCCAUUCAGCAGCCAAACUCCUCCGGGACAUCCAACCAAACACCGCCUCCGGUUGGUUCGCAGGUCGGGGGACAUCCACACCACUACAUAAGCGGACGGGGCAACUACAGCAACUUCCCCGACCAGGGAGGGAGGCUGCCCCACCCACAACAGCGUGGCACAGAGAGAGGCUUUGGGCACCAGGAUGAGGGUCCUCCUCGAGGGGUGCAGCAAGGACAGAUCUGGGGGGCUUCACAUUUCGACCGCAACGGGCGCCCAGAGCACCCCUCCGAAAACGCCACUCACCUCCAACAGCCACACUUCCCUAUGCACCACAAGAACGACAGGGACCGGGACAGAACCAGCGAGGGCCCAAAGAAGAGUGACGCUUCCCCCCCACUCCACCCCGCUCUGUCCUCCUCCUCGUCCUCCUCCUCCACAUCGGCCCGGGACGAUGGGACCAAAGGCCUGCACUCACAGCCCGCCCCGAGGGAUGAUCACAGUGAGCGGAGCACUGGCCCCACCCACCCCAAACAAGAGAAACAAGGCCCCGCCUACACUCCUCACACGGCCACAACCCCCCCACCAAUCCAGGCCCCCCAGCAGCACCCUCAUCCCAAAACAAACCAAAGAGGCCCCCGGGAACACAAAACUGAGACACAGUGGGGCCCGCGACCGGGCAGUGGUGCCCCAGUGGGCCACGGUCGGAGGGGCAACAGAGAUGAGCAUGGCCCCGAACAUAAACCCCCCCAACAAACCGGAGGGAACCCCAAUAAAAGGGCUGGUCCCAUCAAGAAACCAGUUCUCAAAGAAAUUAAAAAAGAAGAAGCUGAAGGAGAAAAGUCAAGUUUUGGCAAAGAGAAAGAACAGGACGGGGCUGCCCCUGCCCCUCCGGUGUCUCAGAAUGCACCCGCUCAAAAAGAGGAAGCAAACCACAAACCAAGAAAUACAGGAAAAGAGCGAUCAUCCGGACGAGGCCCCAAAGAUACAGAGCUCUCCUCCACUGGUCCCCCCAGGAGAGAGAGGGAGCGCUCCUUUGAGAGAUCUGCCCCACAUGGAGGUGCUUCCAAGGGUAGAGGUGGUCGAGGGCGUGGAGGCGAGUUCUAUGGUAGAGGGCGGGGGUACAGAGGCUCUUACACGGGCAGCGCAGGUCCAGGAGGGCCAUCCCGUGGCAGGAUGAGUGGCCGCAGCGGCAGAGACUACCGCUCGUCUGUGGGGCACCAUCCAGAGUCAAAAGGAGAGGGAGCUGGGCAACCCAGGCCUGACCGGUCCCAACAUAAUCCUGCCAGAGCCCGGAACAGGAGCGAGACUCGAAGUGAGGGCUCAGAGUACGAGGAGAUCCCCAAAAGAAGAAGAGAGAGGGGCUCUGAGACGGGCAGCGAGAGUGGGACCAGUGGCCCGUCAGACAAAGAGGACCAUCCCAAACCAACCAAGAAUGGACCAGAGAGUAGUGCACCCCUCUCUGCCCCGCCCAGAUCCAACCAGACCAGAGUGUUCACCCCCCGCGGAGUGCCCUCCCGCCGGGGCAGGGGUGGUGGCAGCAGUGGGACAAACUUGUAUCGUGGCAGUGGCAACAUGGGGGGUCCCGUCGGGGGGCACCGGGUCGGGCCCAUCUCUGCAUCACAUGGAGGCCCCAAGUCUGCCUCAAGCCGCAGGCAACAACAGCAGGGCCCAGCACCAGCGCCCAAAGAUACGACACGGGGCGCACACUCAGAGAAGAAAGAGAAGACCAGUGACGGAGGUCCCCCUUUGACCCAGGCCCCGCCCCAAAGUCUACCUGCCCCUGUCCCCCCUCCCACGGCCACUGAAAAUGGCAGCAUCAUCACACAAGUUUCCAACUCUGCUCCUAACCCUGCAGGCCUCAGCGCCCUUCCCCCAAACCGCGGGUUUCCGCCUGGAGGCUUUGAGAGACCCCCGAGACGCCGGCGCCAUGGCCGCUCUCAGCAUCAACAGGACAAGCCCCCACGCUUCAGGCGCCUGAAGGAGCGCGAGAACGCAGCACGCAUCAACGGAGGGGUGGGUGUGAUCGGAGCAGGGCGGCCAUCCUCUCCCUCAGUUAAUGUUGUUACUGCUGAAACCAAUGGAGCCACAGUGCCCCCUUCAGGCAACGCCCCAAACUCCAACCACAAUACCAACAACCACCACCAUCACCACUACAACCAGGGCCCCCAUCACCACGGGGCCAAGUCUCCAGACUUCACCAACCAGAACUCAGACCAGGCCAACGAGGAGUGGGAGACGGCCUCAGAGAGCAGCGACUUCACUGAGUUCAGAGAGCGUGACACGGGAGGAAAGUACCACCCCCACGGGCACCACCCGGGGCGGGGUGGGCCUGGCAUCAAUGACAUGUCGGGCAAAGAGCUCGCCUCCAACAAGAGGAGCUUCUCCAGCCAGCGGCCCGGCAUGGAGCGGCAGAACCGAAGGGUUACACCCGGAGGAGGGGGAGGGAAAGGCCCCCGUAUGCCCCCUGGAGGGGGUCCCGGGGGCAAUAGUGGGGGAAGAGGAGAGAAACGGGGCAACUGGCCUUCCCCCAAAAAUAGAAAGUGAUUCAUUUGAACAUUUCAGUCACACCCCUGUCCUGCAGAUGGAGUUGUACAGUUUGAGUUUCCCUCUGCCCACGAUCACGACCGUCCGCUCGAUGUGAAUCUGUCUCUGGAGGACUGAAGCAUGUGGCUCUGAGGCGCUCGCUGCAUCGAAGCACAAUAAAAUCUGAAAACAUGGAACUCGUGCGAAAGUGUGGAGUGAAAAAGUGGGAAUAAUCAGCAGUGUUGGAUCUUUUAUAUUUAUGUACCAGUGUCUGUCUGCAUCACCUCCGUGACACUAGGGGGCAGUGCAGUGUCAUCUUUUAACAAGAACAAUGUAAAAUGUGUGUUUGUGACUUGUCCUUUUUCAGUUUCUACUUUAACAGAUAUGUUUAUUUUCAUCAUUUACAGCAGGUCAUUAAAUAUCUUUUAUAAAACAAUCCCACAUUUUCUCCUCCUGAGUCGGUUUAGACCACAGGCAGUGGAUGCGUUGGACUGAAACUAGUGUUGAAUGAAGUCAGGCUUUACUUACAAAAUUUUAGCUUUAAUGGAAGCUAGCAGGCUCUUUAUACAAAGUUUGACUAGGGCUUGUGACUUGAACAGUAUAUUAUAGUAUUUCUAUUUCAUAACAUUUUUAUGCGAGACCGAGAGCUGACCUUCACAUCACUGGUCUUUCAGUCCAUUAAACUUUUACUGUCUACAAUUAUAAACCAUUAUAAGCCCAUUGUUAUUGCAUUAUUUAAAUACUUCUUUAAGUUCUGCUUGUUCCCUUUAGCCACUGACCUGCUGUUAUUUCAUUGCUUUUGUCAGUCCAUUUUUAAGAUUCAAAGGCCUUUUUUCCCAAGCCUCUUCGUAGCAUCUCUCAAGCUGCAGCAAACUGACAUUCAUUCACAUAGAAACUAGUCUAACUUCCUCCCUCGUAUGAAUUUUGUUCACCCAUUUGAGGACUGUAUUAAUCAACUCAGUGACGAGCUAAUGUCAUUAUUUCACUUCAAAAAUAACUUCAGGUAAAACGUAGGAGACGAAUGAGUAAAAAUGAAAUGUACGCAAGUCUGGUUUAAAAAAAAAAUGUGUGUGACUUUCAUAGGACUGUUUGAAUAUGUUCGUAUAAGCACUCCUUGUACAAUAAUCUGCAUUCAGCUCUUUGGUCUAAUUUUGGGUCACGAAUGCUUAAAAAAGUAGGCAAGACGUGCACAGAAGUUUUGUGCUUUUUAUGGGGCUAAAUUAAUGCAACUGGACUUUUCGGGUGACCUUGCAAGUCGUCGCCUACAUUUCAUCACACGGUUGUUGUUUUAUUUGGGUUUUUUUCCUUUUAAAUCCACUGCAAUGAAUAUUGCUAACCUUCGAGUGUUCAGACAGAAAAAAUACUGAAUUUGUGAUGUUCAAAAUGGUUAAAAUGUCCUCUGAGAAGUGUACACUCGCGAAUCACUGCUGUAAGUUGGGGUCAUGUUUCGUUUACCGACAACAGUUUUUUGGGAUGUCUCGCGUUGGGCAUUUUGGUGUGUGCGUGUAUGCGUGUAAGUGCGUAGAAUCUGUGUGCGUGUGCGGUUCUUCUUGGCCUCUCAAAUAAAUUAAUAAAUUAAAAAAAAAAAAAAAAAAACUGGGGUCUAGGGUGGGGACCAUAGGGGCACAGUACAACAGUGUAAAGGCAAGCGCUUCUGUCAUGCUUGCCCAUCACUUUAUUUAAUAUCCUGUAUAAUUGAAAUCUACUGUCCUUAAAUACAUCCACGUACAUACAUCUGACAGUGUGUAUAUGUAAACUAAUUGAAGAAAAGACGUUUUUAAAGCAGGCAGGUGAAGUUUGAUAGAUUUCGUUUUUCACUUUUUUGACUUGAGAGCAUGAACACAGCUCGCCUUUUGCCUGUUACCGGCCUAAACUUGGACUCUAGCUGUUUUAACACUGGCAAGUCAUGCAACAUCCCUCCUUAACUCCUUACUCAUGUUGAUGUGUGCAUUAUUGUAUGUAUAGCAGAAGAAAAAAUACAAAAACAAAGAGUAGUGUAUCAGAAAAAUACUCAAGAUUGUACUGCGUUUCCGUUUUUUUACUGCGGGAACUCUGAGUGGUGCGAGGUGUUUUAGCAUCUAUGGUUUUAUUAAUGAAAGCGUAAUAUACACACAUGUAUGUAUAUUGGUAUGUAUCUAAGUUUUCUUUUCUUUUGUGUCUACCCCAACUUACAUUCCCACAAACAAAUGUUGCCAUUUUAGUUCAAGGGAGCAAUGUACAAGCAGAGAAGUGUCUUAUUAUAAUAAAAGUUAUACAGAGAAGGCAAAGUUAAAUAAACUACUUUUGAUUUAACGGAAA